AUGAAGAAUCUUUUUAACGUGUUCCUUGUUACGCUUCUGGUUUCAAUGCCAAUUCUCUCACUUGCUACCAACUUCAGCGAGACUUGUGAAGACGGAAGUGGUGAAACCGGUUCAAGUUUCGGUAUAGGGUUCGGUAUAGUUCUAGAAUUCGAUUUAUACCGGAAUAGCUGCCCUGAAGCAGAGUCUAUCGUCUACUCAUGGGUUGAAAACGCGGUUUUACAAGACCCAAGAAUGGCUGCUUCUCUUCUCCGUCUUCAUUUCCACGACUGUUUUGGAUGUGAUGCUUCGGUGUUGUUGGAUGACACAGAAGGAUUGGUCGGUGAAAAGACGGCGCCUCCUAAUCUUAACUCUCUACGAGGAUUUGAAGUGAUAGAUUCGAUAAAGGCUGAUCUUGAAACUGUAUGUCCAGAGACUGUCUCAUGCGCAGACAUUCUUGCCAUGGCUGCUAGAGAUUCAGUCGUUGUGUCGGGUGGACCAAGUUGGGACGUGGAAGUAGGAAGAAAAGACAGUCGAACCGCGAGUAAACAAGCAGCAACGAAUAGCUUACCAUCACCAAACUCAACCGUACCAAUUCUCAUCUCUAUCUUUCAAAAUCUCGGUCUUUCUCAAACCGACAUGGUUGCUCUUUCCGGUGGGCAUACAUUAGGAAAGGCAAAGUGCACUUCAUUUACAGCUCGGUUACAGCCACUUCAAACCGGACAACCAGCUAACCAUGGAGACAACCUUGAGUUCCUAGAGUCACUACAGCAACUGUGCUCGACGGUGGACACUUCUGUAGCUAUCACUCAGCUUGACUUGGUGACACCGUCAACAUUUGACAACCAGUACUAUGUUAACCUCCUCUCGGGUGAAGGAUUGCUUCCAUCAGACCAAGCUUUGGCGGUUCAGGACCCAGGAACAAGGGAGAUUGUUGAGACCUAUGCAGCUGACCAGUCAGUAUUUUUCGAAGAUUUUAAGAAUGCUAUGGUUAAGAUGGGAGGAAUAACUGGUGGUAGUGAGGGGGAGGUAAGAAGGAAUUGUAGAGCGAUUAACUAA